ACAGCGGACCAAUGUUCUGUUCCAUCCUCUUUGGGAAAGAGCUCUCAGGGGAAAUGAAAACUCGCAUUUGGGAGUUAUUUAGGGAAUAAAAACAUUUUUUAGGAGCACACCUACAGAGAGGGGUAAGGUAGUUUUGGUAGCAGGGUAUUUUCCCCAAAUAGCAGAGUAGGGGUUAAUAAUCCCUCAUUUCUCUCGUUCACCUCUGUGGCAGCAGUCUGUGAAAUUUCCAGUAUGCAAGCAUACAAGCUGGGUGCUGCUUUCUUUGCAGCCAGUGGGACUCCGGCAACUUCCUGACUCAACUUCAUGCUUUUUAAACUUUUCUUCCCCCCACCACACCAGGCGGAUGUUUUACUCGUAUUAUAAUUUCUUUCAUUAUCAUUGCGGUGGCAGUAAACUAAGCCGAGGUGAGGGAGGGGAAAGCCUGCCCCUUGCAGAAAAGAACUCGCGUAAAAUGUGAGGUAUGUGCACAACUGCUGAGAACCUGAGAGCCCCUCAUCUGGGAGCCUAAAAGCUGAAUUAUCAUGGACAUGAUGAGCCUACAGAUCCAGUGUAUUCUCCUGUUCCUCACUUGGUAUGUGCAGGAGGGACUAACAAGGGAUUAUGAAGUCAACCUGGGAGCAAAUGUUCUUUCACAGAGAGUAAGACGUCAAAGCAAACCAACAAAAGCAGUGCUGAAGGUGACAGACUACCAUGUGAGGUGUUCCGUGGUGUCCCGCUAUGCUGUUACCAGAGUCCAGAGUUCAGUCUGGAACCAGCUGCCCAUCACCAAGGAGGCCGCCUUCGAGGUGGACCUGCCCUCCUCUGCUUUCAUCUCUAACUUUACCAUCAACUCCAAUGGCAAGGUGUAUGUGGCCCAGGUGAAGGAAAGAGCUGCUGCCAGGAAGAUUUACGAUGCCGCUAAGAAGCAAGGAAAAACCGCCGGACUUGUUGCUACCAAAGAGAGGGAAAUUGAGAAGUUCCGUGUGGCGGUGAGCGUGCCGUCAGGAGCUCGGAUGUCCUUCUCCCUGAGCUACGAGGAGCUGCUGCCUCGCCGGCUCGGCCGCUACGAGCUCAGUCUGGGUCUGAGGCCGGGACAGCCUGUGCAGAACCUCACCUUAGACGUCAGUAUAAUGGAGCGGACGGGCAUCAGUUUCAUCAAAGCCUUUCCUCUUAAGACGAGCCGACUGCUCUCCAACACUGCUCAAGGUGACGCAGAGCCUCCUCCCUCCACUCAUGUGGAGCAGAGCGCUUGCUGCGCUCGGGUUCGCUACAGUCCUACUCUACAGCAGCAGAACAGCAUCUCCUCUAAAGGUCUAAACGCCGACUUCAUCAUCCAGUAUGAUGUGGAUCUUAAAGAUCUCAUGGGUGAAGUCCAGGUGUAUGACGGCUACUUUGUGCAUUACUUUGCACCCAGAGGGCUUCCUGUGGUUCCUAAGGAUGUCAUAUUUGUCAUUGAUGUCAGUGGCUCAAUGAUAGGCACUAAGAUGAAACAGACCAAGCAAGCCAUGGGCACCAUUCUCGGGGACCUGAGAGAGGGAGACCACUUUAAUAUCAUCACCUUCUCAGACAAAGUUCACACCUGGAAGAAAGGACGAACGGUCCGGGCGACUCGGCAGAAUGUACAAGACGCCAAAGACUUUGUGAAGAGGAUUAUUGCAGAAGGAUGGACGAAUAUCAAUGCAGCUCUGCUUUCAGCUGCCCAGCUGGUCAACCCUCCAUCCUCUGCCUAUUCCAGCCACCACUCAUCCCAUCGUGUCCCUCUGGUCAUUUUCCUUACGGAUGGGGAGGCAACCAUCGGAGUGACGGCUGGUGACACGAUCCUUAACAACGCCAAGAAAGCUUUGGGCUCCUCCUCUCUGUUUGGCCUGGCCUUUGGUAACGACGCCGACUUUCUUCUUCUGAAACGCCUGGCUCUGGAUAACCGCGGGGUGGCUCGGAUGGUGUACGAGGAUGCAGACGCAGACUUGCAGCUGAAGGGCUUCUAUGACGAAGUAGCCAGCCCUUUGCUAUCAGACAUCCAGCUGUCGUACCUGGAAGACCAGGCGUUUGACAUCACCCGCUCCCUGUUCCCCAACUACUUCCAAGGCUCAGAGUUGGUAGUGGCUGGGAGAGUCAAACCAGGGGUCAAGGAUUUUAAGGUAUCAAUGUCCGCCACUGAUUCAAAGCAACACGUCAAGUUGGAGAACGAUGUGUUGAUUUCCAAUGCAAAGGGUAACGGCAGUGAAGAUUCACUUGACUGCUCAGGAGACUUUGAAGGAAUCUCCAGCUUUGUGCACCGUCUCUGGGCGUAUGCCACCAUCAAGGAGCUGCUCCUGGCCAAACUGAACGCUACUGACCCUGCAACUCAAAGGCUACUGACAGACAAGGCCACCAACCUAUCCCUCAAGUUUAACUUUGUAACACCAGUCACUUCUUUAGUCGUAGUUAAGCCAGAUGCAGAUGAAGCAGCUCAAACUCCAACCACCGCAAAACCCACCACGGCAGCGACUACAACCACGACUACUGCCGUCACCAAAAUAUCUGCUGCCGGUGCUGCAAAGAAGCCCAGCACACCUUCUAACGCCAGGCCUAACAAGAGAAAACCAGACCCUCCUCAGCCACCGCCAAAGCAGAAUAAAAAAAUCUCAUCCCCAACUUCAUCCUCAUCCAAGAAAACCACGACAACUUCAAGUCCCAGUUCUAGCAAAACUGCCCCAACUCCAUUCUCUGGUAAAAAGCCCAGUCCUUCUCAAAAUGAAACCAAAACUGAUUCUAUCCCACCCCCCCCUCCUCCUCUUCCUGUGGGUAAGAUACCCACCUCUGUGCUUAAUGCUCUAAAAACAGCGCCACCCCCUGCACCUGGAAAAGUCUCCACCCCCCAGCCCAAAGUCUCGAAAACAACCACUUACUCAACAACCACCACAAUGCUAACAUUCACCACCAGCACCCCACCUCCACUCAAUUCAGUCACGACUGCCCCUGCGCCCCUGCCAGGGAGACCCCUUACCCCACAGCCCACAACAGCGAGGCCAGCCCUGCCACCUGUCAAAGUGACUGUCCCCUCCACAGUGGCAGAAAACAGCAGCACAUCCGCUCCAGAUCUCCCUGAAAUCACCACCGCUCUGCCCAAACCGUUGUCUCCGCUCACCUCCCCCCCCCCGGCACCGGCUCCGGUUGUGGAAGACAACAACACUGACCUAAGCAUCGCCACCUUUGUGUCGGCCACCUUUGCUCCCAUGCCUGGUGUCACAGAUGGGCCGCGGUUGUGGGAAGCAGCAGGGCUUCUGGAUGUCUCCACUUUCAUUCAGAGGAAAGAUAUUGAUCUUGUAAAAGACUAUGAUGCGACCUAUGACUACGACUACGAUCUCAACUAUGACGCCUGGGAUGAUACUGCAGACACUGGAGCAUUUGACGCUGCACCGUCCAGACUGAGCACCAUCCGGGUCUUCUCCUCAUCAGUUGAUGGAGAUCCUCAUUUCGUGGUCCAGCUGCCAAAGCUGCAUCAGAACCUGUGUUUCACCGUGGACGGCAGAGCUAAUGAUGUCCUCAGGCUGGUAGAGGACCCAGAAAGAGGUAUCAUCGUUGACGGCCAUCUGAUGGGCGCUCCGUCCAAGCACGGAGCUGAAGAGCGCACGCGGACAUACUUCGACCGGCUCACCAUUUCCUUGGCCAAGGGCGGCUCCGGUGACAUCAUGAUCACCCUGUCACUGGACGCUGUGGUGGUGGAAGGGGAAGGGCGGGACCAUCUUCCCAUCAAUCAGCAGGGGUCGGUGAUGAGGCAGGGGGUGACAGUUGCCGUGGACAACCAUCAGAGCUGCUGGAUUGAGCUGGCCAAGGAUGUGCGCUUCCUGGUUCUGUUCCACCACUACAAACAGCCCAGCUACCUGCAGAUGGCUCACCUGGGCUUCUACAUCACAGAUGGGCGGGGGCUAUCUGCUUCAAGCCAGGGCCUGCUGGGUACGUAUAUACACACACACACACACACACACACACACACACACACACACACACACACACUCCUCAGUCCUUCAGUGCCUGCUAGGAGAGUCCCUCCCUGUCUUGUAGCUUGUGUGCGUUAUGGCCUUUUUCUUUGAAGAGAUUUGUCCGGCAGAUAGAAUUUCUCUCUGAUAACCCCUCUUGUAUAUUUCUCAGCUGAAUCCUUCCACAACUGUCUUUGGGAUACUGUUGUCUUUCAAGGCGCAUUCCAUUUAAUCUCCCCCCAUUUGCAAGUGCCAAAGUGGACGCACCUUUUUACAGGUUGGUUUUGAGUGCACGUGCUAAGAGAUGGUUUUUGUGCCACUGUUGGCUGUUUUCACUGAAAUAAUUAGCAAUAACUUCUCGCACCAGAGAAUGUCUUCUGUGCCAACAUGAAUGUGAUUGCUGGAUGCUGGAGGACCGUUUCAGACCUCAGUUCUUACUUCUUUUUUUCAACUCAACUGUAAUUUAAAGACUACUGCUUAUGAAAGAUGUGCCUGUGUAUAAAGAAUAAAUGGCUAUUUGUAACUGUUUUGGAAUUGCCUUAAAUAUGCUAAUACUUAAAAUGAGAUUUGUUCUGUUCUCAUUCUUACAGACUAUCCAACUUAAGUGCCACCACUUAAAUGCAAUUUUUCUUGAAAAGUUAUUUAUUCAUAUAAAAAA